CUUGUACAUUAUGUCUGAAACUGAUUAUCACCAACUGGCAAGGUAACAGCGCUGUUUUAGAAACCAUGGAUAUAAAGACAAGAGCAAUUGAGUAUUUUUCUAACAACAAUAUUUUGAAAGAACUUGAGAAUGCUCUACAACUUAUGUUCCAGGAAAAUGCAUCAGAUCAUUCCGGCUAUUUAGUAACCACAGUUGACUGACUAACAUUUUACAGAGCAAAUAUUUCGAAAAGAUUUCCCUUACUCCGAAAGUUGUCAGCAUCAAAGUGGACAGAAACUAUUCAUAUAUUGGCACCUUUUCCAGUUCUUUGAGUGUACUCACACUGUGGCGAACAAAUAUUGAGGUUACCACAGGGCUAAACUAUGUUUAUGGAUGCAAUUAUUGUCUGCCUUAUGGAAACAUCUUUAAUGAAUCAACACCCUCUGAAUUCUCAGUUUGUAUAGAGGCAAUUGUGGAUUUACUGAAUAAUUGCCUAUGGUCACCAGCGGAGAUGUUUGAAAUUGAUAAAUAUAUCAGAAACUUCUACAAUGAAUACAGAAAGCAAUUGAAUAAAAUGCAAACGGAUGAAAGCGAGAAAGAAAUAGAAGUUAUUGGUUCAAAAGAAAUCCCGUUAAAGUCUACGUCAGAACAAAAUACAAAAAAAAAAUCUACUAAAGAUAUAAUUACACUUCGUCCAAAUCAAAUAAUCUCAAUUGCAUCAUUCAUUGCAACAGAUCUAACUUGGUUAUCAAUUAGUUUACAUUUAACAGCAAUGAAAUGUUCUAAGCCGAAGAUCAAUUUUCAAUGGUAUAUGAAAUCACUUUAUGAUGAGGUGAUUAAAUCAAUAAUGCCCGAUAACAAGCCCAAUUCACCAAUUCCUGUUAACCAAGUGACAUGUCCAAUAAUUACAAUAUUGAAUUGUCCUGGACGUAUUGGUUCAAUACAAUCAGGAAAAUGUAAAUUUUUACAAGAAAUUCUCCUUAUUCCUAAACCAUAUUUAACACCAAAAGAAUUAUUAGAUGAUCUGUUCAUUAUUAAAACAAAAUUAUCACAACAUUUAAUGAAUAAACCAAAUUUCAUGCCACAAUUGAUAUGUGAUAAUGGAGCAUCAAGUGUUAAUAUUGAUAAACCAGAACAAGCAUUUGAUUUAUUAAUAGAAUUUCUAGAACAAAUUCAAUUGAAUAAUCAUUUCUAUUUUGGUUUAUUCAUAUCACCAAAAGGAAUAUUUGAUACGAUAAAAGAACGUUAUGAGAUAAUUACGGGAAAUUUGAAAACACCAGAAGAAUUGGUCAAUUAUUAUAUAGAUUUAAUUGGUAGAUAUCCACAAAUACGUUUAUUAAUUGAUCCAUUUAGAGCAGAAGAUAAAGAAUAUUGGGAAUUAUUAAAAACACGUAUUACAUCAUCAAUAUUGAUUACAACAAGUACAAUAAUUCAACCAGCUAUAAAAGAGAUAACACUUAAUCGAUCUAAUUCAAUGAUUACAAAAAAUCUUAAAACAAUAACAACAUUAUCAUUAUUUGAUGAAUCAUUAAAAUUUAGUAUUCCAACUGGUUUAACUAUUUAUGAUUUAAUGAAUAGUUGCCAAGGCAACAAAAUUCAUCAUCAUAAGGAUGAUGUAAAUCAUGUUGACAUAGAUACUACUACUACUACUACUACUACUACUACUACUACUACUACUACUACUACUACUACUAAUAAUAAUAAUAAUAAUAAUAAUAAUAAUAAUAAUAAUAAUAUAAAACAAAUACCGAAUGAUGCAUUACAAUCUACAUCAUUAUGUAAUACAGUUGAUAAACAGGAUAUGUGUUACUCAUCUUGGUUAUUCACUAUGGAUCCAUGUUUAGAUUGUGUUUUAAUAACAGAAAUUAUUCAAGCAAUUCAUAUAUUACAUUUACAAAAUCGGCAAGUGAUAUUCAGUUUGGAUAAUCUACAAGUGAUUGAAGAUUGGCCAAUGGAUAUGGCAAUUGGUUUAGGUAUAGAUUUUAUCAAAAUUACUGGAUUGAAUAGAAUAGAUCAAAUGAAUAAACUGAUAACAUGGUAUCAUUACUAUCAAGAUAUAAUUGAUCAUUUAAAGGAUUCAAUCAAUGAAUGGAAGUUGUAUGAUUCUUCACUAAUGGAAAAUUCUUUCAAUGUAUGAAUGUAUUCGUUAAGUCAUUCAUAAUAUUAACAUAUACAUAUCAUAAUGAUGAUUUUUUUUUUGUUAUAAAAGAUAAUGUAUAAUGAUAAUGAA